GGUCAGACCUCCAAAUAUGAGGAUCUUCCUGAAUACUGUUCAUUUAUUUGCACUUUGUGCUGCCGCAGCAAUUGCUACGGAGGAGAGUACUACCCCUAAGCCCGCUUCCUGGAAAUUCGGAACCAUCGCAGGAGAACCCGAUGAUUAUACCAACUCGACAGCAGUCCAAGUCAACAACUUCAAAGAAUGCAUUGCAAAAUGCUCGGCAAUUUUCGACUGUAUUAUCGCAAGCCAGAAGAGCAAGUCGGAGCCAUGUAACUUGUUCCUCUGGAACUCUGUGACAAAAGUGAAACGUGCCGAGUCUGGAGGUGAAGGCCAAACUGCGUUCCGAGUUUUCACAGAGCAACCGAGAUGUAAGCUCAGUAUGGAUGAGCUUUUGAAUGGAAAGAAAUAUCAAAUUUAUAAAAAUGACACUGAGCAUUACAUAUGGACAAUCAACAAAACAGAGGAUGGCUGGGCUAUGGAAUACAGCAAAACUAUUUUGAAUAAUAUCAUCCACUGCAAUGACCCCGACGCAUAUAAAUAUCCUGGAGUGCGUGGAUGCUAUAAGAUAGUCUUACCAUUUAAGGAAGACAAAAAAUGGGAGUCAGGUAUGCUGUCAUACCCUGAAGCGGUCGGAAAUUGUACACUUCUCGGAGGAGACGGUCUUAUGACAAUACCUUCGUCGGAUUUCGCCAGUCAAAUAAAACAAAAUCAAAACAGUACUCAGAGUUCCACCGUCUAUUUCAUUGGACUUACGAGACCCGAUGAUUCUUCUAACGACAACUGGGUAUGGACGCUUCCCGAUCUGAAAAUUGACUCCAGCCCAUUACCUCCUUGGAGUUUUCCUCCUUCACUGAAUGUGGAAGCGAUUUGGGCCGAGAACUGUGCUUUAGUGUCUAUUGAGGCAGACCCGACGAAAUCUCUUUUGCACGCUACACUAUGCCAGCAGUGGAAUAGAAUGUCAGGCUACAUUUGUCAUUUUGCCCAAUAAGUUUAUUGAUUGACUCAUAUUUCUCAAUAAAUACGUCAAUUU